GUAAGUGCGUGUGUCAUAUCAUAUAUAUGUUGAGUUAAAUGUGAAAAGAAUAUGGCGACGGUGGUCUCGUAGGGACGGAUUUUCCAUUUCGUACCUCAAAAUACACACAGGAUCCGUUGGUGCGCGAUCGGAGGAGUCUGUCAAGUAGCCGAUUAUUCAAAGACGCGACGCGAUGAGCUUCUUCAGCAAGGUGUUUGGCGGCAAGAAGGAGCCGGUGGCACCCUCGACGGCCGAGGCGAUUCAGAAGUUGCGCGAGACAGAGGAUAUGUUGAUAAAGAAGCAAGAGUUCCUGGAGAGCAAAAUAGACAAUGAAGUGUUGAUAGCGAAGAAGAAUGCGUCGAAAAACAAACGAGCUGCCAUCCAAGCACUGAAAAGAAAGAAGCGAUAUGAAAAGCAGUUACAGCAAAUUGAUGGUACACUAUCUACAAUUGAAAUGCAAAGAGAAGCACUGGAAAGUGCAAAUACGAAUACCGCCGUUCUUACUACCAUGAAAGGUGCUGCCGACGCGAUGAAGGCUGCGCAUCAACAUAUGGAUGUCGACCAAGUACACGAUAUGAUGGACGAUAUAGCAGAACAACAAGAUGUGGCCAAAGAAAUUUCAGAUGCCAUAUCUAAUCCAGUGGCAUUUGGCCAAGAUGCCGAUGAGGACGAGCUGGAAAAGGAGCUAGAGGAACUUCAACAAGAACAGCUUGAUAAAGAAUUGCUUGGUAUCGAUACAACGACAGACGAACUACCAGCAGUACCAACUUCAGUUCCCGUUGCACCAAGCAAAACUCGCACAAAAGCCAAGCCAGAAGAGGACGACGACUUGAAAGAGUUAGAGGCAUGGGCAUCGUAAAGUGAUGUUAGAAAUGAUGUUAAAAUCAAAGAUACACGAUGUUUUUAGAUAAAUGUAAAUUGUAUAUUAUUGUCUUCAUGCGUAAAUUACUAUCAUACCUUGCAUUAAAUAGUUAAUUUUUUUAAUAUCAAGCUUCUUAAGCAGAACUUUCAAAUGAAACUACUAAAAUUAAUAUUUAAGCUUAAGUAAAGAUUACAUUGCUUGUAUUUUUAUGCUGCGGUGAAAUUACUAAUAAGUGAAUAGAAUAAUAUGCAAAAAAUGCUUACAGUCAAGGGCAGAGAGAAAGUUAUACCGUAUUUUAUAUUUACAGUAAAUCUAUUCCUAAUUAAUAAACGGAUGUAACUUAAGAGAUGAUGGUGAAUACCAAUUCAUGUAACAUACAAAUAUACAUACACGUACAUAUACAUAUAUAAAAUGUAAAAAUAUGAAAAAAUUAUGUUCUUAGUAGAAAAAAAGAUGGACUGUAAGUAUAUAUUGUUUCUCAGAAAA